AUGGACUACGAGAUGCUGAAAGAGCAAUGGAGCGAGGUGGAAGAUCGCGAUGGCGUCCGUCUGAGCUGGAACGUCUUUCCCAGCACCCGGAUGGAAGCGUCGCGCCUCGUCGUUCCCAUCGGAGCCCUCUACACCCCGCUGAAGGAAAAGCCCGACACUCCCCUGCUGCAAUUUGAGCCGGUUACUUGCAAGCAGCCUUGCCGCUCUGUGCUCAACCCAUUCUGCCAAGUCGACACUCGUGCUCGUCUCUGGGUGUGCCCGUUUUGUUUGUCACGCAACCCGCUUCCACCGCAUUACAAAGACAUCACUGCGAACGCCAUCCCGCCCGAGCUCCACCCGUCCAACACCACGAUCGAGUAUCGGCUGUCGCGCCCGGCCCAGAACCCUCCCAUCUUCUUCUAUGUUGUGGACACCUGCCAAGAAGAUGACAGCCUGGCUGCUCUCAAGGAGUCGCUUAUCAUGAGCCUGAGCCUUCUGCCGGAGAACGCCCUCGUGGGCUUGAUCACCUUUGGUACUAUGACCCAAGUCCAUGAGAUUGGCUACACCGAAUGCGCAAAAUCCUAUGUUUUUCGGGGCAGCAAGGAGUACAACCCGAAGCAGGUUCAGGAGAUGCUGGGUCUUUCGCAAACUAUGGCUCGGCCUGGCAUGCAGCCCGGCCGGAACGCCCCCAUGGGACCUGCUGCGCGCUUCCUUCUUCCGGUGCAACAGGGAGAAUUUCAGCUCACCAAGGCUCUCGAGCAGUUGCAGAAGGACCCUUGGCCGGUCGCCAACGACCGUCGCAGUCUUCGUUGCUCCGGUGUAGCCUUGAGCGUUGCCGUCAGCUUGCUUGAAUCCUCUUUCCAGAACUCUGGUGGGCGCAUCAUGCUGUUCACAGGCGGUCCUGCUACUGAGGGCCCAGGUAUGGUUGUCGGCCCUGAGCUGAGAGAGCCCAUCCGAUCGCACCACGACAUCGACCGAGACAAUGCCAAAUACUAUAAGAAGGCUCUCAAGUUUUAUGACAACCUUGCUAAGAGAACAGCCCAUAAUGGACACAUCAUAGACAUCUUUGCGGGUUGUCUCGACCAGGUCGGCCUGCUUGAGAUGAAGGGCUUGUGUAACUCGACUGGUGGCCACAUGAUCUUGACGGAUAGCUUUACCUCGUCCAUGUUUAAGCAGUCUUUCGUACGGGUCUUCGAAAAGGACGGUGACGAUAACUUACUCAUGGGUUUCAAUGCUGUUCUGGAGGUACUGACAACAAAGGAGCUGAAAGUGACCGGUCUUAUCGGCCACGCCGUCUCUCUUAACAAGAAGUCGACGUCUGUGGGCGAAACUGAGAUCGGUGUCGGCAACACUUGCGCAUGGAAGAUGUGUGGCAUCGAUCCGAGCGCCAGUUACGGCAUCUACUUUGAGAUUGCCCAGGGCAACCCGUCUCAAAUUCAGCAAGCACAGCAGAGAGGCAUGAUGCAAUUUUUGACAUACUAUCAACACUCAUCGGGCCAGUUCCAUCUUCGCGUAACAACCAUCUCUCGGAAUCUCAGCGGUCCUGCAGGUGACCCAACCCUCGCCCACUCAUUCGAUCAAGAGGCAGCGGCUGUACUUAUGUCUCGCAUCGCCGUCUUCAAGGCCGACGUGGACGACGGACCGGAUGUUUUGCGCUGGGUGGACCGCAUGCUGAUUCGGCUAUGCUCUCGGUUUGCCGACUACAGAAAAGACGACCCAUCAUCGUUCCGCCUGGAAAAGAACUUCACCCUGUACCCACAGUUCAUGUUCCACUUGCGGAGAAGCCAGUUCCUUCAGGUGUUCAACAACUCCCCCGAUGAGACGGCCUUCUAUCGACAUGUGCUGAACCAUGAGGACGUCAGCAAUUCACUUGUCAUGAUUCAGCCCACGCUUGACUCCUACACCUUCGAUCAAGACGGCGGCCAGCCCGUUCUUCUGGACUCGACUUCCAUCCAGCCCACUCACAUUCUCCUCCUCGAUACUUUCUUCCACAUCCUAAUUUUCCACGGCGAGACCAUCGCGCAGUGGAGAAAAGCGGGCUACCAGAGCCAGGAAGGUUACGAAAACUUCGCUACAUUGCUCGAGCAGCCAAAGGAAGAUGCAAGGGAUCUGAUCACAGACCGGUUCCCGCUGCCUCGGUUCAUCGUCUGCGAUGCCGGUGGAUCUCAAGCACGUUUCUUGUUGUCCAAGCUGAACCCAUCUACAACACACACCUCAGGUGCAUACGGAAGUAUGGGUGCCCAAUCUGCGCAGACAAUUUUCACAGACGAUGUGUCUUUGCAGACGUUUAUGGAUCAUUUGAUGAAGUUGGCUGUGAGCGGUACGAAUUAA